AGAAAAGGAAAAUGUUGCUGCAGCAUCAGAAAACAGGCCUACAGCUACUACGCAUGUGCCACAGUAUGUGACCUCAAGUAUUUGGCAUCCUCCUAAAUCAUGCACCGUGGAUGCCAACACUGACAAUGCUAAGCCAGUGGUCUCCAAGGGGUCUGUGAGGCUUGGAGCAGGUACAAGUCAGAGGGAGGCCAGUUUCAUCACUACUGGCCAGAGAGUCCCUCUUACUUCAUCCAGUAAUCAAAGUACCCCUGUUGAGCAUGCUCCGGUGUCUACCAGUUCUGUCUCUGCUCCUGCACCACAUGCUUCAGCACAUCAGCCUGCUACCGCUGCUCAAAAUACAGCCAGUCUGAUGACACCACCAGCAACCACCUCAGUAGUGCAAGAGUCUUUCUCGUCCUCCUUCCAAAGAGUGCUUGCAGCCCCCAGCUCUCUUGCACAGCCUAAGCCUUUCCAUGGGUCCAAGAACAUGUCAUUAGCAGCUUCCACUAUUUCAUCUGCUCUCUCAUCUCAGUCUAGUUUCAACCGGCAUUCUUCCACCUCCAUCAGCUACCAGUCAAAAAAGAGAAACACAAGCCAGUCAUAUACACCAAUGCCAGUUUCUGGAAGCUACGGUGAAAGUCCUGCUGCUUCUGCUACUUCAAAACAAAGAGUUGUUACUACUGCCAGCAUAAAGCCCUCUGUGUACCAGCCAGCACCAGCACCAGUUCAUUCCUACUCCCCUGCCAACGCUGAGCCUGCAAGUCGCCCUCCCUGGGUAACAGAUGACUCCUUUUCCCAGAAAUUUGCACCUGGAAAAACCACCACCACUGUCACAAAGCACAUCCUACCAAGGGGUGCUCCAGUACCAUCUCCUGCCUCAACUUCUGCUUACCCAUCUCCAGUUUCAACUUCUUCCCAGGCUCCUGCAAUAGCCCGGGGAACAGUUCAGAGGGCUGAACGUUUUCCAGCCAGCAGCCGAACUCCUCUCUGUGGGCACUGUAACAGCAUAAUUCGGGGUCCUUUCCUGGUAGCCAUGGGUCGCUCUUGGCACCCAGAAGAAUUCAACUGUGCUUACUGCAAGACAUCCUUGGCCGAUAUGUGCUUUGUGGAAGAGCAGAAUAGUGUGUACUGUGAGCGCUGUUAUGAACAGUUCUUUGCACCAACCUGUGCCAGAUGCCACACUAAGAUCAUGGGGGAAGUGAUGCAUGCCCUAAAACAGACUUGGCACACAAGUUGCUUUGUCUGUGCUGCUUGUAAGAUGCCAUUUGGUAAUAGCCUCUUUCACAUGGAGGAUGGGGAACCUUACUGUGAGAAAGAUUAUAUUGCUUUGUUCAGCACAAAAUGCCAUGGCUGUGAUUUUCCUGUUGAAGCUGGAGAUAAAUUCAUUGAAGCUCUUGGACACACUUGGCAUGAUACCUGCUUCAUUUGUGCUGUAUGCCAUGUGAAUUUGGAAGGUCAGCCAUUCUACUCCAAGAAGGAUAAGCCACUGUGCAAGAAGCAUGCCCACGCCAUCAAUGUUUAAAAGAAGAGUUGGUAGCCAGUAAUGCUGGGGAAAAACAGAUGACUAACGGCAAUCAUAAAGUUGAUAACCAUGGCUAGUAUUUCUCUUGGUAAACGCAAGGAAGUUGAUACUUCUGAAGUUUAACUUUAACCUUUUUCAUAAAUGCAGAACAUACUUUUGCAAAGUCCAUACAAAAACCUCCUGAAUGAACAGUCAAAAACAAAUGAACUAGUCCA